AUGCUCAGUGCAUCUUCGGCCAACAACCACUCUCUGUUUUCAUUCGGUCGGAAUGGCGCCGCGAAUGAAGUAGGAGAGGCGACUAAUUCAUUCGACUUUCUGCCCUCGGUCAGCUUCGACGACCUUCAAAGCAGCCUUGAGUCCGCAUCCCACGAUUUCAAAUUGACCCAGUUCCCGUCCCCGACCGGUCAAGGCAGCAUUCUAGAGACUCAGAGCAUGACCGACAAAAUGGGCGGGGUUUCCAAUACGACCCAGAAUGGCGGAGCCGCGCGUGCUGGUGGUAUUCCUCAGACCGCGACCCGCCCUGGUAGAUCUGGUUCUAUUCUGAGGAGACCUAGUACCUCCAACAGACAGGCCAGCAUUUCAUCCAUCGCCUCAGGACCAACGUCCGGCACUGAUUCUGCGACUGGGUCUUCAGCCACGAGACCCCGACGUCAGAGUCAUUACCCUCCAGUGUCAAACACCAAUAUCACCAAUAUUGCGAAGCCUCCCAGGAAAUCCAUCGGUCCGGGUCCCAUUGAAACGGACUUCGGCAGUCGCACUGCGCAAAGGAGUAGGAGACCGAGCAUCAUAGGCAACGCUGGUGGUGGACCCGAUUCCACUCGGACCUCGAUCGAUGGCAGCUCCGGCGCUGGUUUUGAGACUCCGCGAAACCUCACGAACAGAGCGACCAAAGCUAAAUCGAUGCACCAAGCACUACCCCGGACAAGCACCACAAAUCUCUCGACCCCCGACAGCAGUCGUCUUUCCACGAUAUCUCCUCGAUCACCUCGAGGUGGAAGCAAGGGAAACACUGGCAGCGGCGGCGGCGGUUCUGCCCAUUCGCAGUCGAGAAGACAGUCAGUAAUGCCCGGAGGAGGGUCCCACGCAUCGCAUGCAAGCGGUCUCGGUGCCAGGACCAUCAGUCCGACCGACACGCGACGAAUGAAGCGCAUGUCCAUGCACCACGUCCCGAGUCUCACCCAGCUGGCCAACGCGCCGCCUCCCCCGCCGCUUGAGCACCGAGAACACUCCAGAUCCCCAUCGAUGAUACCCCGAAAGGCAUCCGCUACGCCAUCGUCAUCUCGAACAACUCCCGACAUGCACAGGAAAUCGUACAGUUCGGGCUUGUCCAUCACCUCGACCAACAGCUUUAAUACCAUCAGAACCUCAACCGGCUCAUCAAUCCAGCCACGGGCACCCGCCGCGGGAAGUGCGUCGCGUCUGCCAGCCCCCAAGCAAUUUACCCCACAUAACCAUAACUCCCAUUCCGCUGAUGACGAGGAGGACGUUCCGCCCGUGCCUGCUAUUCCGAAAGCGUACGAAUCACCACAGCAGUCAGCCACAGAAGGGUCGUUUUUGGACAAGCGGAAAGCCAAUCUUGCUGCGGAUGCUAGCAGCAUCAAUAGUAACUCCACUGGCAGUUUCUCCAUCCCGUCGCUCCCUGAACCCGCUGUCAAGCUGGUACGAAAGCCCAGCACCCGGAAGUCGACGAAUGCAGCAGCCCUGGACGCCGAAAAGAAAGGCAAUCCGUCUCAAUCGAGAAAGAACCCUCCUCCUGUGCGGCUGCCCCCAAUUACUGUUGGGCCGCUGAACCCAUCCACGACCGCCAAGAUCGCAGCGUUGGGUCAAAAUGGUCCCGACAGGAACUUAAGCCCGCCACCGUCGCGUAUUACCGCGAAGACGCCCACCACCCCCAUGACCGCGUCUAAGAGCUCCUUCUUCUCUAGGAACCGACAAGACGAUAAGUCGGACUUCAGUCUGCGAAGCAGCAGUACUGUCCACCACGCACGUCUCGACAGUGCAUCUGGCGCUGAUGGUACAAGCUCAUCCGAGUCAUUCGAGGCCUUGUCCAGAAAGCCAACCAACAAGCCCAGCGUGUCCCCGUUCUUGUCUUCUUCAGUACCCAAGGGAGGCCCCGACCCCGCGUUCCUGAAGAGGUCCAAGACGGGCGGCGACUUAACCAACAUCACUGGGCCUCUUGACGUGAAGCCCAUUCAAAAGCCGUCUGGCCCGCGUGCUCCCCGACCUUCCAAGGCAAUCUCGCCAACACCUCCAGCGUCCGAUCCAGAGGAGCCCCCUACGCCAUCGUCAAUGAGCUCGCUGCGUAGAAAGCUGAGCUUGUCGUGGAAGCGUGGAAAGAACGACUCGAAAUCUGCACAGGACAAAACGUUAGAGCGCAGCCUUAGUAAGGAACAGAUGCCUCCGCCGCGCUUGCCCAUCUCCGCCACGGUCUCGAACCUCAGCUCGGCAAAGAACAGCCCAAGUCCGUCUGUCAAGGUUAACACAUCUUACCUGGAUUCGAGAAGGAGGAAGAGCUCGGCGGCAAGCUUGGGCCACGAUAGGACUAAGAGCGAGAAUUGGACCUCGGCUUCCGUUCCCAAGGCUCACCCCGAAUCAUCUCACCCUCACAACCCCUCUGUCAUGCAGAAGAUUCUUCGACCGAAGGCGUCAGCGACGGCGAUUCGCCAGGCAGACCCGUGGACCGCAGAUCUCGACAAGGACGACCUCGUUGCCGAGGAGGAGAUGAAGAAGAUGGGCGCUAGAAGAAAAGAGACCGAGAUUGCGGCUCGAACUCUUGACGCCCUGAGGAAACGCGCAACGCCAAAGGAGCGAGUGGGUGCCCAGGAAGCCAUCCGGAUUGCGAUGCUCAACAUCUACGAGCGCGGCGAAAUUGUUGACUACAACGACAUUUACUUCUGCGGAACGCAAAACGCUCGCAAGGUGGUUGGUGAUCUCCAGUCCGACGCGCCGAACUUCGGCUACGACGACGAGCGUGGAGACUACACCAUCGUACCUGGCGACCAUCUCGCUUACCGUUAUGAGAUUAUCGAUGUACUGGGAAAGGGAAGUUUUGGCCAGGUUGUCCGGUGCAUUGAUCACAAGACAGGCGUGCUUGUUGCCGUCAAGAUCAUUCGCAACAAGAAGAGAUUCCACCAGCAAGCUCUUGUCGAAGUUAACAUUCUGCAAAAGCUUCGCGAAUGGGAUCCCAAGAACAGGCACAGCAUGGUCAACUUUACCCACAGCUUCUACUUCAGAGGACAUCUCUGCAUCUCUACCGAGCUUCUGGAUAUGAACCUUUACGAGUUCAUUAAGGCGAAUGCGUUCCGAGGAUUUUCGUUGAAGCUCAUUCGCAGGUUCACCAAGCAGAUGCUCAGCUCGUUGAACCUUCUCAAGCAGCACAAGGUUAUUCACUGCGAUCUCAAGCCAGAGAACAUUCUGUUGCGUCAUCCUCUGCACUCAGAGAUCAAGGUCAUCGAUUUUGGUUCUAGCUGUUUCGAGAACGAGAAGGUGUACACGUACAUUCAGUCGCGUUUCUAUCGAUCCCCCGAGGUCAUCUUGGGCAUGACAUAUGGCAUGCCCAUCGACAUGUGGAGUUUGGGAUGUAUCCUGGCCGAGCUGUACACUGGAGUGCCCAUCUUCCCUGGUGAGAAUGAGCAGGAACAGCUUGCUUGUAUCAUGGAAGUGUUUGGCCCGCCAGAGAAGCACCUGAUUGAGAAGAGCACGCGCAAGAAGCUGUUUUUCGAUUCAAUGGGCAAACCACGCCUCACGGUUUCAUCCAAGGGGCGAAGACGCCGUCCUUCUUCCAAGACCCUCCAGCAGGUUCUUAAGUGUGAUGACGAGGCAUUCCUCGACUUCCUCGCCAGAUGUCUGCGAUGGGAUCCGGACAGGCGUCUGAAGCCGGAGGAGGCCAUUCAUCACGAGUUCAUCAGCGGCAAGAAGAUGAGCGCCCCUCUUCCGCGCAUCCCCACGACCCGCGAGGCGUCCCCGGCGAAGCGUCACACCACGGCUGCGGCACCGCGCCCACUCCCCGAACCCCCCGCCGCUGGUUUCAAGAGCAACCCUGGAUCGAGGCACGUCAGCGGGGCAAGCCCUCACAAGCCCGUAUCGGGGCCGCCGACCUCGCGCAGACCCUCGGUCGCAACCGCCGGAACCGUACAUGUUGCCACAGCCAAGCGCACCAGCACCGGGACAGGCGGCAUCACCGUCGGAACCAGUAACCUACCUCGCGCGGCGAUGAGGAGUGUGAGCGCCAAACAGGACCUUGCAUCUGCCGGAGCGACCGCGGCCAUGAGUCGGCGACAAGUGUAG